AUGAUCUUCGAUGGUGAAAAAGAGUUGCAUGAUUUUUAUAAGAGAGAUGCUUAUACCGUCGACUUUCCUGUGAGGAAAAGGAAUUCGAAAAAGGGUGACGACGGAGUUGUUAGAUAUAUCACAUUCACAUGUAGUCGUGAAGGCCGAAGAGCCAAUAACACAAGCAAUAAUGUUGGGAAAUGGAGAAUUAACACCGUCCAUCUCAAGCAUAAUCAUAAAACAAGUUCAUCCAAGUCGAGGUUGUUUCGAUGUAACAGUGAAUUGACUGCAAAUGCUAAGAGAAAGCUUGAAUUGAAUGAUAUGGCGAGAAUUCCAUUGCACAAAAGUUACAACUCCGCAGUUGUGGAAGCAGGAGGGUACGAGAACAUGAAUUAUAUUGAAAAGGACUGUCGAAACUAUAUUGAACAAGUAAGACGGUUGCGACUUGGAGAAGGAGACACUGCAUCUUUACAAUCCUACUUUUCAAAGAUGCAAGCACGAUGUUCGGGGUUUUAUUUCAGUAUGGAUUUGGAUGACGAGUCACGGCUUCGAAAUAUAUUUUGGGCAGAUAGCAGAUCUAGGCAAGCAUAUAAGGAGUUUGGUGAUGUUGUUACCUUUAACACGACUUAUCUUACAAAUAAGUACGACAUGCCUUUUGUUCCUUUUGUCGGAGUUAAUCACCAUGGACAAUCAAUACUGCUUGGUUGUAGGUUCUUGUCGAAUGAGGACACGAGUACGUUUGUGUGGCUAUUCAAGACAUGGCUCAAGUGCAUGCAUGGCCUACCUCCCCAUGGAAUAAUUACGGAUCAAGAUAGGGCCAUGCAAAAUGCUAUUGAAAUUGUUUUUCCAAAUACAAAACAUAGAUGGUGUUUAUGGCAUAUUAUGAAAAAGUUGCCAGAAAAGUUUGGUUAUCACGUUGACAAAGGUUCGAUGUUCUCAUCUUUACACAAUUUGGUCUAUGAUUCCCAAACUAUUGAUGAAUUUGAAGAAGGGAUGUCUACAACACAACGAAGUGAGAGUAUGAAUGCAUUCUUUGAUGGAUAUGUACAUUCGAAAACCUCAUUGAAGCAGUUUGUAGAACAGUACGAAAGAGCACUUCGGAGCAAGGUCAAGAAAGAGUUCCAGGCUGAUUUCAGGUCAUACUCGCACAUGGUGCUGUGUGCAACUGCCUUCGAAAUGGAAAAUCAAUUUCAAUUGGUUUAUACAAUAUCCAAGUUCAAGGAAGUGCAAGAUGAGUUCAUAGGAAAGGUGUAUUGCGAUGUCAUUGCAGCUACAGAUGGAUAUUUCGGGACAAAUUAUGAAAUUCGGGAGUCUAUUGUAUAUCCCGAGGGGAGGAGAAAGAAAACAUAUAUUGUGCAUGCAAUCACGGUAUUCGAUCGUAAUGACAUCACGACAAUACCGGACAAGUUUAUAGUAAGGAGAUGGAGGAGAGACGUCAGUAGACCACACACAAGAGUCGCAGUGAAUUAUGACGGGUUGGCUAGCACUCCAAAACAGAUUCGAUACGAUGAUCUGUGUCAGACAUUUUCAAAGUUGGCGGACCUUGCUGCGAACGACGAAGGACGGGCUCGUGCACUAAAGGAUUGGAUAAAAUCUCAAGCAGAAGAACUGAGGUCUUUAAAUUCGAGUAAUGGUAGUAAUCUUCUUUCCCAGCCAACUACGCAUUUACCAAGCCAAUGUAAUAAUGCUACUUCAAAUAAAUCUAAAGGAAAGAGACUACCACCUAGCCGUACCGAUAUGGAAGAGGCUACAUCGAAUUUUCAAUUUUCUGGACAAAUUCAAGAUUCGCAAUGUUUGUUGGGUGAUGUCCAAAGCCAAGUGUGUGGCCAGCAGUUAUCAUCUACCUUUAUCCCUCCAAGUUUUGCUCAGCUCAACGGUACAGAUCGUUUCCCAACAGCUCCCCACAUUGCAGACGACCUUGCCCGAUUCAGAGCUUCAUUCCUUGUACUCGAUUCACCACGUGAUUCUUCAUUCUCCACCCAAAAGAAAUAUGCACAAUUAUUACUGCACGUUUUGAAUAAUCGCCCUCGAUUUUCCGUCUUCCUUUCAACUUCAAAGCAUUUCUCCCAUCCCAGUGGACACCAGGGACAUCCUCAUUUUAUCGGACAAUCAUUGAAGAAGUGCUCUAAUUAUUCCACCAAUUAUACCAGUAUCUUACAACAAUUUACAGAGAAUGGGAAAUUAAAAAAUAAUCAAGUUGCAGGAGAAACUUACUUCACUUACGUUUGGAAGGAAACUUGCUUAAAGCUUGGAAUGAAGAAAGACACUUACGUUUUUCAGAUGAAUUUUUGGGGAUACCUUGAUGUUGUGGACUUACUCGACGGUCGAAGUUGGACAAGGCUGCGUCGCACGGUGGUGAAGAUGAAGGAGGCGACUUCACUGUGUGCGGCUUAUGGUCGUGAAGAUGAAGGAGGCGAUUUCACUGUGUUCGAUGUUUGGAGAUCUCCGUACAUUUCAAAUCGCCGGGCGGAGGAUGAAUAUGAUCGCGGCGCCGGAAGAGAUGAAGGGAAUGAUUCCUAG